CUCAAACUCAAUCUCAGUUAACGACCAAGAAAAUGGACGCACGGCGCACUCUUUUGACUCCUUGUCACCGCAAGGCGCAGCGGAGGAAAAUCGGAAUGAAAACAACCUCAAAUACGUCGUCAUCCAUCUUGAUCAUGUUCUUGUUCAAGAGUAUCAUCUUCUUCUUCACCAGCGAUGUACUUCAGCUUCUCGGACAUCUUCAAGAUUCAAGGAAUGUCAUAAUGGCAGGAGUCCACGCUCUUCCAAGUUGCGAUGACUACAUGAACUUUCUGAUUACAAGGCCUCUCUGGUCACAUCCUGCACAUGAAAGUACGAGAUUUGCCGAGCUCGUUCUAGAGCAUGAAACGCUGCUAAGACUCGCAAGAGAAGCGGAGAAAAAUGAUGUUGGUGGAACACUGGGAAGAAAACAAAAACAAGACGAUGUUGGUAUUAGUGAAGCUGCUGUAGCAACAAGCGUCGACAGCCAUAAAAAUGAUGAACAAGGUGGUCCUCCACAACAACAAGGAGUCGAUGACCCUUCGCGACUAGGCCUAGACGAAGAACACGAUGACAGAAUCGAGGUCUCUCGUGAGAUUCUACAGCAAAUUUGGACCUUCACGGUCCAAAGCAAAGUGGGGCUAUUGGAAAUUCUGCCAGAGGACGUGCUUUUCGUCAAGCGGAUGGCGGAUGAUAGACAUCAGUCUGACCCGUGCUGGCAAGUCCUGAGCAGUUUGCUGGAUCUGAUGAUGAUUAUGAAUUAAUAUUUAUUUAUGAUGGAACGUUAGAAUGACGUAAAACGAGGUUCCAUGACAUUCAUAACAUGAAGGUGGCUGUGUAUUCUCUAAUAGCGUAAAACUUCCUGAGUAUUUCCUCCUGGUAUUCCGGAAUAGCAUCGAUACUGUGAGUGGUGGCAGCAGCUCACUGGUGACUAGGGAGAUGGUGACAUGGUUUGUCCGAUUCCUGUCCAUGCAAGACCAGGUUUCGACUUUUGUCUCUACGUCAACUACAUCAUCAUCGAGUGAUGCCGUGGCAGGUGACGUAAUAAACAACAACAAGAACAACUACAAUAUUACUGAGGACUCAAGAACAAGAACAGCAACAAGACCAAGAACACCUGGCAGCACCGAAGAUGCAAGUAAGACUGCAACAGGGGGAAGCAAGUUCUUCAUCGCUGCUUUAGAAGAGGGUCUCUCAGAUUCUCAGCGCUACUACUUUUUGGGCCAUGCAUUGGAUG